AUGUGCUACUAUAUGAGGUUCAUCUGCUUGACUAAGGAUACCUUCACCAUUAUGCUCUGCGGCCAGCCUGACGACGCAUGCAAGAUGAGGUAUGGAAUCUUGCCGACGCCCAUGAUCGAGAGCGGGAAGGCGGGCAACGGCGAUAUCAGGUACGGGAUUAGCCACCCUAUCGCGCGUGUAGUCUACGGCAUGCACUUAGACAAGAAUAAGGGUUAUACUACGAACCUGAUUGACUGCUUGAUGAAAAACAUGGACGUGGUCAAGAGCUAA